CUCUUUCUUUUCUAGUUCAAAGCAGCUGUUAGAUUUCGCGAUUUUGUGAAUUAUUUCCUUCAUAAAGAUCCAACAAUUAGUAGUUAAAAAUGUGAUAUUUCGCACAAAAAUAAGUUUUAGUAGUGAAAUAUGUAAAGUUUAAUUUCAUAACAGUGUACUCGUUUAGUAAACAAGGACGAAAACAGAUCAAAAUGGCUGCUCCAAACAGAUUGCAGCAAAAUCUCAAGUUCGACAAGAUAUGUCGAGCUUGUUUGCUAGUGAAAAAGGACAUGAGACCACUGUUCGAGCAACUGACGGCAACAAUGCUGAUGGGGAUUUCGAAGGUGGAGGUGGCGGUAGGCGAUGGCCUGCCAUCCCAGCUGUGCCUUCAAUGCGUGCAUCAGAUCUCGCGGUGUCACGCAUUCAAAGAGAUGGUGGAACGCAAUGAUAUAACUUUACGGGAACAAGCCAAGUUUCUCGCUGCAGACGCUUUGAAGAAUGAGAAAGAGAAAGUUCUUACAAUGGAUCCUCCUUACAUCCAGUAUAUGGAGCUACCUCUCAACAACAACUCUCAACUGCUGGAAGGAUUCUUUGAACAGCCAGUCACUGUACAGGAGCUACAACCUGCCAAAGACUUUGCAAUUGAUAAUAAUGUUGUUCAUAACCAAAUCCAACCAGCCCCAUCGACUUCAAAAGAAGACGAAGUCCUCAACUCUGACGAAGAGAACUAUCUCCAAAUGGUUGUGUACCAAGCCACCUCAACCGUGUCACCGGGGAGACACGUCUGCAAUUUGUGCCAUAAGGAGUUUAAGCAUGCGCGUUGGCUGAAGCAGCAUAUGAGGUCCCAUUCGAAUUGGAUCAAAGCUAAUUGCAAGAAACCACCUAUGUGCCCGAUUUGUGAAAGGACUUUUAAGGGUCCAGGUAUGUUAAAAAUGCACAUGAGAACACACGAACAACGUCCUCCAAAGCAGCCAACGUGCUCCGUUUGCCAAAGGACAUUCCCGACCAAGACGUUGCUGUACCGACAUCGUCAAACCCACUUCGAGCAGAAGACUCAUCAGUGCACGUUCUGUGAAAAGAGAUUUUUCAGUGGAUAUGCUUUAAGAUCGCACAUGGCCAGGCAUAGAGGAGAAAGACCCUAUAUCUGUUCCAUGUGCUCGAAGAGCUUCUACAAUCCUACUGAUUUGAAGGUACACUUCCGCUUGCAUACCGGUGAAAAGCCCCUCAAAUGUUCAGAAUGCAAUAAAUCCUUCCGCCGCCACUCGACGCUUUGCCAACACAUGAAGAAGCAUCGCGGCAUUCGCAAUCACGUCUGCAAUGUUUGCUUCAAAGGGUUCUACGAGGUUUCCAAGCUUAACGCCCAUAUGAGAGUCCAUACAGGGGAACGUCCGUUCGAAUGUACGUAUUGCGAUCGCAAGUUCGCCCAGCAAUCGGCUCUGAUUUACCAUCGGCGCACCCAUACAGGCGAGAAACCCUACUGCUGCAAGCUGUGUUCUGCUCGCUUCACCACCUCGUCUGCCCGGAAUAAUCACAUGAUCACUCAUACAGGGAACAAGAAAUUCGUCUGCCCAGUCUGCUUCAAAGGCUGCACAUCACGCACGGAACUUCGCGUUCACUCAUCGAAGCAUACAGGAGAGAAGCUGUUUGGCUGUGAAGUUUGCUCACAGCGGUUCAGCUCUGCUUCGUAUCUCGCUGUGCAUCGCAGACACCAUACUGGGGAGAGGAAGUACAACUGCAAUAUUUGUGGGAAAGGCUAUAUAGAGUCAAGUUCAUAUAAGAAGCAUCUGAAAACACACGAAUCCAAGCCUGAAAACGAGUCAUCUAAUGAAAACACAAGUGAGACACAAAGCAGUGGGAACGGUAACGACGCCAAGCAAGACACCGACGCGCUGGAAAACAAGACCAAUGAUAAUGAAGACAACCAGGUUCAAAUACAAAUUUAUACUCAAAGUCAAAUGGCCCAAAGUCAAAAUCAAAGUCAAGGUCAGAAUCAGGAGAAUGUGACCACGACCCCGCAGCAGAGAAGGUAUAAGUGCGGGGUCUGUGUCAAGACUUACAUGUACUUGCACAGCUUGAAGAAACAUAUGAUGACCCAUGUUCAGCAACAACAACAGCAACAGCAACAGCAACAACAGCAACAACAACAACAGCCUCAACAACAACAAGUGCAAGUGCAGCAACUGCAGCAGCAGCAAGUGCAGGUGCAACAACUGCAGCAGCAGCAGGUACAGCAGCAGGCCGUGCUGCAGGUCGGCAGCGUGCAGCAGCUAGCCGUGCCGAUACAUCAACAUGUUCAACAGGGAAUUGUUCAGGGCGGACAACAUUCCUACCCUGUAAUAUCGUCAGUGCAAUCGUUGCAAUUGCAGCAAACCCAGCAGCAGGUUAACACGCAACAACCCCAGCAGCUGCAGGUACAGACAAUACAAAUUCAUCCACAUCAUCAGCCUAUACAAAUCCAUGCGGUGGGUGUGCAGCAAGUACAGCAACAGCAGCUCCACGUAGCCACUUCCAGUUGUCAGACCAUGUUGCCGAACAUUUUGCAGCUUCAACCGGCUACAGUGGCAGUGCCUACUUUGAGCCAGCAAGACUUGGGAGGAGUGGCGCAUCGUAUUAUACUACAGCCGCAGACCGCCGGCGGGCACCCAGCUGUUUAUACUAUACAUCAUUCGUAAAAGGACAAGAAGGAGACGAGGGGCUACAUUGCCAGAGCUUCAGGGGGUCUAUUAUGACUUUAUACGGAACCAGUCAGAUUCCAUGCAAUUCAGUUUACAUGAUAGAAUUGUUUAAAUUUGUAUCAUGGCUUAAGUAUAUAAAGUUUAACAACUAUUGAUGUGUCAUGCUAUAUAGCCACGCCCCUUUCUUUACCGUAGUACCAUUAGACAGUUCCGUUGAUGGUACAGAGGCAUUUUUGUUAUGCCGUCGUUCCAUUAUGUUGAUAGUUUCAUGGCAAAUGUUGUUUUAUGCUAUUCGUAGUACCUACAGUAAGGAAUUAAAUGAUAGAGACCAGAAACAAAAGUCUCUUAGCAACCACCAACCAGUGUGCUUACACGAGUCCGUUUCUUAUAAACCAGUGUG